UAACGUCAGUGGGCUAUUUAAGGUUAUGUAUGUUUUUGUUGCAGAAGAAUGCUAAAAGCUAUGUUGUGUUUUGUUUCUUGAGAAUUUGAAUUCAUGUUAUCAAGUGGAUGGUAGCCUCCAUUUAAUAUUAAAAAUAAAAUUAAUCAGAUUCUUUGACCACAAUUAGUUUACUUCAAUACACUGACAGGAAUUGGAUUAUAUUUUGAAAAUAACAUUAUGAUUUUAUGAACUCAAGAAUUAACACAAAACAAAUUUGAAUAAAUUCAAAUCGAAAAUGAGUUCUGCCAAUAAGGUUGGUGAGAUUUUUACUGCUGCAGGCCAAGCAUUUAACCGAUUAGGUGAUCUCACAAUGCAACUUCAUCCUAAUGCUGAAUCUCCUACGGGUAAAUGGACUGAUGAAGAAAUUGAGAUGCUACGGCAGGUAGUCAAACAGUUUUCAGAUGGUCUAAACCAAAUAAGUGAUCAUAUCAAAAGGAGAACAGUAUCACAAAUUAGAACAGCGCUGAAGAAAAAAGCUUUUGAAGAUGCUGGUCUACCUGUUAGACAAGUAAAUCAAGUAUCGCAACAAGUUCCACCUCAGAAUGUGCAACAGCAACCCAUGAUCAAAUCGGAGGUAACACUGAAUAUGCUUAAUGCUGCAGAAUCAGAAGUAGACGUUGAAGGCUUGCAUGAGGAUGUAAAACUCGAAUUUGAUGGGGGUAAUGAAGAAGUUUCGACAUGAGUUAUUUGAAAAAUUGAACAUUUUGCUACAGUUAUAAGUCGGAAACUAGCAAACAAUAUAAAGACUCAAGUAUCAGGAAAAGUAAAUAAGUUCUUUCAGUUUAAGUGUUGUGAGUUUGAAAUUGUGUAACUGCAACUAAAAUUUAAUGACCAUUAUAUUAAGGAUUUUACCCCUUCAAGUUAUGACAUGAAACAAAUACAAUACAAUUAAAUCUACAUUUAUUUCAAUAAUAUUCAUCUCAACAAAAUGGUUAAGGCUUUCGCGGCGAGGUUUUCAGUGUCACUAUUUUCCGGGUUUGAAGGCAGUGAAUUUUUUCAGAUUCCAAAGAUUCACGGCCUUUAAACAUGGAAAAUAGUGACACUGAAUAUUCAUCUCUUUGCAAAAUUGAAGAAAAUUGAAAAUAUAUCAUUCAUUGCAUUGAUUAAACAAUAUCAGAAAUAGUUUCAUUUCUCUUUUCAAGAUUGUCAAAAUAAAUAUAGUCAUAGUUGUACGCAUUUGUUUUGGAUUUCAUUAAGUUGGUGAUAACUUAUCAAUGUUUUGUGAAAUGGCAUGUAUUUUGUAAAAAAAAAUGGUUGGCACAAUUUAUUAAUAUAUUUUGAUUAUUUACAUGAA